AUGACGUCUAAGUUUCAGAUCCUGUGUGUCUCGUCUCUAUUUUUCUUCUUCCUAGCCGUCUCAAGUGCUCAGGCUAAUGUAUUUCACGGUGGAGAAAAGGUCUUUGACGUCAGAAACUACGGUGCUCGUGGCGACGGCAAAAGAGACAACGCUUUUGCGUUUAAAAAAGCGUGGAACGACGCUUGUCAAUGGAGUGGUGGAAGAUCAACGGUCUAUAUUCCCGCCGGAAUAUUCUAUCUCAAUCAAAUAACGUUCACUGGUCCUUGCAAAAGUUAUAUUGCUUUUACAAUCACUGGAACGUUGUUGGCUCCUCUGAGCCUUAGCGCCAUCAGACAAGAAGAGUGGAUCGCUUUCGAGUACGUCGAUAACCUCACCGUUACCGGAGGGGGAUUACUUGAUGGUCAAGGAUCUUACUCUUGGCGUCUCAAUGAUUGUAACAAAAACCCUAAUUGUCCUGUUCUAGAUAUGAACAUAGGGUUUCGGUUUGUUAGAUCCUCGAGGAUUAACGGUAUAAGAUCGCUCAACAGCAAAAUGGGACACUUCAAUUUAUUCUCAGUCGAGAAUUUUAACAUUACCGGCGUCACCAUCACUGCUCCCGGAGACAGCCCUAACACCGACGGAAUCAAGAUCGGGAGAUCUAAGGAUAUGCAUAUUUCCAACGUCACUAUCGGAACCGGUGACGAUUGUAUUGCAAUUCUUGACGGAAAUACCAACCUGGAAAUCUCUAAUGUCAGGUGCGGGCCAGGGCACGGGAUUAGUGUAGGGAGCCUUGGGAGAAACAAAGAUGAGAAGAACGUCGAGGGCUUAACCGUAAGAGACUCGGUAUUCAAUGGUACAAAUAACGGUUUAAGGAUCAAGACAUGGGCUAAGUCGGUCUCACAGACUUUGCUUUCAAAAUUCUUGUACGAAAAUAUCCAAAUGAUCAAUGUUGGAAACCCUAUCGUCAUCGACCAGCAGUAUUGUCCAAACGGUCUAUGCGAAAGUAAUGGAAAGUACAAUUCUCAUGUUCAGAUCAAAGACGUCAAGUAUAACAAUAUUUGGGGAACGUCGACGACUCGAGCGGCUUUGAACAUACAGUGCAGUAAAACGUUUCCUUGUCAAGACGUUAAGCUAUCAAAUAUCAACUUGGUGUACAAAGGACGCGACGGGUUAGUCACGGCUUUGUGUGAGAACGUUGGUGGUUCGGUUCUUGGAAAGAUUGUGCCUGGUGAUUGCCGGAUUUGA